AUGUUCAUGUCAGACGUCAUCGUUUCUCGCGUGCGAGAGGAUCAGCCGCUCCUCCGGGCACCAGAGGAGGAUUGUUGGAAGCCACCGAGAGGAUUCAUAUGGAUCCAAGUGGCGAUCAUGUCCAACGUUUUCCUCUAUGGCUUUGACGGAACCAUCACGGCAGCGACGUACGCGGUCAUCAGCUCUGAGUUUGAUGCGGCCAACACGGCGUCGUGGUUGACAACCUCAUACCUGGUAACGAGCACGGCUUUUCAACCUCUGUACGGCCGGGUGUCGGAUAUUUUUGGGCGCCGGCUGUGCUUCUUCAUUUCCACGACUACCUUUGCCCUCGGGUGUCUUGGUUGUGGCCUGGCCGGCAACAUUGUGCUACUCAACUGGAUGCGCGCGCUGACUGGGUUCGGCGGCGGAGGGUUGAUGACAAUGGCCACGAUCGUGAACUCGGACAUGAUUCCGUUCCGCAAGCGCGGAAUGUACCAAGCGUUGCAAAACGGCAUGUUUGGCUUCGGUGCCAUCUGCGGCGCCUCGCUUGGCGGGUCGAUCGCUGACGGCGUCGGCUGGCGGUGGUGCUUCAACCUCCAGGUUCCGAUUUCCAUCUUUGCCCUGUUUGUCGGUGCCUUGGUUAUCGAUAACCCCGAGGGAGGCUUUCACUUGGGCCACGGUUUCAAAGAUACCUGGGCGAGGGUGGACUUCACUGGUGCCUUGUUGCUGGUGAUGGCCAUCUCGCUGCAGCUUGUCGGUCUGAGUUUGGGUGGCAAUGAGCUUCCAUGGGCCAGUCCGUGGGUCAUUGGCUCGCUCGUGGCCAGUUUCGUGCUCCUUGGCCUCUUCUUGGUGGUGGAAGCAAAGACUCGGGCCAUCCCAAUCAUUCCCCUCCGACUGCUGAAUGGAAAGCUGCCUGCUCUGACCCAGUUCUCCAACAUUUGCGUUGGCAUGUCCGCGUACGCAUACCUGUUCAAUCUGCCCCUGUUUUUCCAAGUCGUGCUCCUCGACUCUGCGACGACCGCAGGGGCGCGCCUUGCAAUCCCAUCCAUGGCGACACCAAUCGGUGGCCUCAUUGCCGGCAUUGUCAUGUCGAGGUGGGGAAAGCUGUUGACACUGGUCCGGGCCGGGGCCGCCCUCAUGGUGUUUGGAAAUGCUCUAGUGACCUCGCUUGGGUUUCAAGAUUCUGCCUGGAAGUACUAUGUGUACAUUUUCCCGGCAAACCUGGGCCAGGGAAUCGUAUAUCCUGGCAUUCUCUUCACCUCGCUUGCCACUUUUGAUCACGCAGACCACGCCGUUAGUGCGUCGACCGUCUACCUGAUCCGGUCGUUGGGAACUGUAUACGGCGUCGCCAUCACUUCUGCCAUCGUGCAGACCACGCUCAGCGUCCGGCUUCCGGAUGCUUUGGGCGAAAUCUCGGAUAAAUGGAGAGUUAUCGACGAAAUCCGUCACUCGGUUUCAGCCAUCAGGACACUUCCUCCGGAUGUGCAGCUCAAGGCGCGGCUCGUCUACUACGACGGGCUUCGGUACUCGUUCGCGACAUCAACAGCUGUUGGCGCCGCCGCCGUGUGCACUGCCCUCCUCGCCAAGGCAAGGGGACUUCGAAGCACAAAAUGA